AUGUUGCAGAGAAUGUUAAACUACUUGGACAUGUACUGAAAACAAAUGUAGCUGCUUGUAGCUCUAUUGGUUCCGGAUAUUCGGUUCAGUUAGGCAAAAUUUAUUUACAUUUAUUAGAGUUAUACAAAGCAGUAAGCAAGAGAAUUUCGGACGCGAUAGUUGAGCAAGCAGAAGAUCUUGAACAAGUCAAAACACAUUUACUGCCAACAUUUUUCCAGGCUGUCCUUAUUGACUAUAAUCAGAAUGUUGAACCUGCUCGAGACGCAGAAGUACUGAGUGUAAUGGCUACUAUCAUAUCUAGGCUAGGGGUAAAUACAAUUCAUUAA